AUGACUGAAGCGGACCUCAUCGACCUGAAGCACAGUCUGGCUUCCAUUAAUGAGUCAGUGCAACUACUCCAAACUUCACAAGCACACCAAGGUAUCCGGAUGGCUCAACUGGAGGACAGAGAGCGGAACGGAAACAUCAAGAUCCGCGGAGUGGUGGAUUCACUCCCACCUGAGGAACUUCCCCACUUCAUCAGACACCUAGUCUCCUAUGUCUUACCUGCAAAAAAACACAAAACAAAUUGCCUUCGACGGCAUAUACCGAAUAGCCAAAUCCUCACAGGCCCCCGGGACAUUAUCCUGUGUUGCCAGACUCUUGCCAAUAAACAAAGACUCCUCAGCACCAUAAAAGGGACAACUCCACUACAAUUUGAAUCGCAAACCCUUACAUUCUUUCAGGAUUUUAUUGUGGCGAAAGCCAAUGCAGCCAAUCACAAUAAUCCUACAAAAUGCUGGCCUCCCUUACAGGUGGUCAUUCCCCAGAGCUCUCACAGUCAACCAAAAUGGAAAGACUUUCAAACCCUGGGACCCUCGGAGGGAACAGCCUUCCUUCAAGCGCUUGGCCUACAGGAUCAGACCGACGCAGCUGGCACAAGCCAUGCCUUAAAG